GGUAUAAAAGGCCAAAAAUAUAUAAUUUUAGGUUCUUGUGAUUUUUCCAUUUUUCCCCCCUUCCUAGUGCUUCUCUUGCAGGGAGUCUCCUCCUCUUGCUCUCUAUAAUGUCACAGUAACCCCUACAACAGCACCACUUACAUCCCAACAACUUUGUAUCAACUCAGCUAAUCUCAGCUCUUGCUUGUGUACAUUCAAAAUCCUCCAUUUGUUCCUCUUUCUUUGGAUGUAAAUAUCAUUUAGCUCUCCCACGGCCUUGCUGAAUUCUAGCUCUACUGGAAACGUUUUAUGGACAAGCUUUAAACCGAUAGUUACUGUCAAGUGUUUUGAGCUUCUGGUCGUCUCUUUGUUGAAUUUCUGUUUACUCUUUUUUCAGUAUAGCUUGGUUUUUGUUGAUAUUUCUUAAAUCUGAGCAAUAGAGAAGAGCUGGGAUCCCUAAAUUCGUCGAAACUAAAUUUGGCAUUUUGGAGAUUCAGAAUUUCGGGUUCAAGAAUAUUUUUAUUCUCAGGCCAGCAUAGGACUCUGACUGAGAUCUGUUGGAUUUCGUUUCUGUAGCUCUUAAAUAUUUGAGCGUUUAUGAAGAAUUUUUGGAUAGCAAGUGCGUUGCCAUUUUGUGGCAAAAACUGCCUUGUUCUCUGACUGUUACAGAAGUAGUUGCUUUUAUUUUUCCUUUGACAAACUAUGUGGCAUUAGCUGCAGCCAAGGAGUAUCUGGACUGAAGAGAUGCCAUCAACCUGUAGUCAGCUGGAAUGAAGACCUUACAGAGCAAUCAAGAAACACAGUCCUCAACGCAAGUUUCGCAGGACUCUCAAAGUGACCAACAGAACAAUCACACAUCAGAGGCUCCUGUAGCAGACUCUGCUUCAGUAUCUGCUUCAAGCAAUGAUGGCCAAAAGGUUUCACGCCAAGAUAUUGAACUUGUUCAGAAUCUCAUAGAGCGGUGCUUGCAGUUGUACAUGAAUAGAGAUGAGGUGGUCAAAACCCUCUUGACACGUGCAAGGAUAGACCCUGGAUUUACAACACUGGUAUGGCAGAAGUUGGAAGAAGAAAAUGCUGAUUUCUUCAGGUCCUAUUACAUAAGGCUGAAACUGAAGAAGCAAAUUCUCUUAUUUAAUCAUUUGCUUGAACAUCAAUAUCAUCUUAUGAAGUUUCCUGUAUCUUCAAAAGUUCAUUUGGCCCCCAUACAAAAUGGGAUUCAUCCCAUGCCCGUUAACAAUUUACCUAUGGGAUACCCUGUCAUGCAACAACCUCCAAUGCCAGCUCCAGGUCAGCCCCAUCUUGACUCCAUGGGAUGUGGAAUAUCAAGCUGCCAUGUGGUUAAUGGAGUCCCUGCUCCAGGAAAUUUUCAUCCAAUUCGGAUGAAUUCUGGGAACAAUUUGGUAAUGAGGGAUAAUACGCCUGAUAUGGCUCCUGUAGUUCCACCAAGCAGUGCCAUGUCAUCCAUGUCUGAUAUGCCUGUGAGUCCUACAUCAGUGGCAUCCAGUGGUCACUUUCCCUUCACUGCAUCAGAAAUAUCAGGUAUGGGAGUUGACACAUCAGCACUUGAUACAGCAUUUACAUCUGAUGUGGCCAGCUCAGUAGGAUUGCAGCUUGGACCAGAUGGUGGGGUUGGCACCUCCAGAUCAUUAGAUCAGAUUCAGUGGAAUUUCAGCCUUUCUGACUUAACAGCAGAUUUAUCAAACUUGGGAGAUUUGGGAGCCCUAGGAAACUAUCCUGGUUCUCCAUUUCUGCCCUCUGAUUCUGAAAUUUUACUUGAUUCUCCAGAGCAUGAGGACAUAGUGGAGGAAUUUUUUGUGGAUUCUGUCCCUGGUCAACCAUCCCAGUCAGAUGAAGAGAAAUCCUAGUCUAAGGUGAGGUCCCAUGCUUUUUCUGGUCAAAAUUGUUAGGAUCGAAUGAGUUAGAUGAAUAAAUUAAACACUUUCCAUCCACUCUCUAGGGACAGUUUUACAGAAUUGAACAUUUGUAUUGUGGUAACUUUGAUUGGUAUUAGCAUGGGCACAGGAAUUAGUCCUGUUCUUGUAAUUUUUAACACAUCAAUAAAAUGGUAGAAAUGUAAGUUUUUACUUGUUUUUC